AGUGCAACAUUGUAGAUGCAAACCACCAGUAAACCGAAGAAGAAGAAGGAAUUGGGGUCCGCCAAGGUCCACCUUGUUUCGGGAGACAGAAACACCAUAACAGUCAGAGCUCAUGUGUGUUUGACAACAAUACGGCAGCUCAUAGAAACCAAGAUGAUACCAUGCAUCGGUGUACACAGGAGCCUGGCGUGUUUGCAUCGUGCUGUGGGUGGAGUUCGGUGGAAGAGCAGCUUUAGACCAGCCCCUCUACUGACAGCUGCUCCUGCUCGUGCUCUCGUAGAUGAACCGAUCAGCAUUAAAGGACGUUUCCUGCCCCCACACAGUCCUGUCACAGUGUGUACACAAAUGCACAGUGAUGAUGGUGACCUGUGGGAGGCAUUCGCCCAUUAUAACACAAAUUCAGAUGGCACUGUCAACUUGACCAGGGAUCAUUCAGUCGGGGGUUCAUAUUUGGGCUGUGAGCCAAUGGGACUGUUCUGGGGACUGCAGCCGGCUCCUGGUUCAAGAGAAGGUUUAAGGCUGAGAAAGAAAAAUGUAGAGACUCCAUACAUAGUGCUCAUGUCCUUACUGGAGGGCCACGUUUCACCCAGUGAGAGACAGAGCACCAAGCUGGCUGCUGUAACUACUGAGCGCUGGUACAUGGCACCUGGUGUACAGAGAAAAGAGAUUCGCCAGGAUGGAGUUGUCGGGACAUUGUUUUUACCUCCCGGCCCUGGCCCAUUUCCAGCCAUGCUGGACAUGUGGGGAAUGGGAGGAGGACUGGUGGAGUACCGCUCCGCCCUUUUUGCAUCCAGGGGCUAUGCUAGCUUGUCCCUUGCCUACUUCAAUCACAAAGAUUUGCCUGGCCCACAAAGCAGAAUCAAUGUUGGUGAUCCAUAUUUCAAAUCAGCAUUCCACCUCCUUCAAGAUCAUCGUCAGGUCUUUGCCGACAAAGUUGGCAUCAUCGGUCUCUCCUUUGGAGGUUACAUAACUCUUCGAAUGGCCAUUCAGAUAGGUGUCAAACCAUCCUGCUUGAUUUGUAUCAACAGCCCACUAGGAAGUGCUAUCAUGCACUCAGAUGUAGGAGGUGAGAUUAUUGAAAGUAACCAGAAAUAUUGGACAUAUGAUGAUCAAGGAUAUGUGAGUUUCAGAGACAUCUCCUUGCCCACAAACUUUAACCCUGAGAGUAUAUUGAAGUUAGAGCACCUCGCCUGUCCAUUAAUGUACAUAGUGGGUGAAGAUGACCUGAGUGCUUCAAGCAUGGAGACCGCAGACAUGAUCGAGGAGACCCUGAAGGCUGUGGGAAAAUCCCAUCUGUUCACCCGUGUGUCAUACCCCGAUGCUGGUCAUCUAAUUGAACCGCCUUACACACCAAAUGCAAGAGUGUCCCUGUGGAGCGUCAAACCCAAAAAAAUGUUCACUCUGUGGGGAGGUCACCCUGCACCCCACGCUGUUGCCCAGGAAGAUGCCUGGAAAAAGGUCCUGGAUUUUAUGGAAACUAAUCUGAGAGGAUGAAUCUUGACAUAUCUCAUCAUAUAUGCAACUGUGAAAUGCCUCAUGUAUCUGGGUUUUACGUUCAGAGAACUGAUAAUGAAAAUAGAAUUGUUUUUAGAUGAAAAGGACUUCCAAGAACUAAUCAGUAAAAACCGCAGAGACAAUCUGAAUGGUGCCUUUCUCACAAACUUGACUCUGUCACUCCACUUACAACCAGAAAAUGCACUUGAAGGAAGUCAGUGCCAUGAUUUUCAAUGGACACCUCAGUGGGCAUGUAGCUGGGGUAUAACUUAACAGUAGACUUUUCGCCUUGUGGGUCAGAAGGUUAAGGGAGCACUCUCAGCUGCUAUGACAGCAUGUUUUUCUCACCUUUUUAACAUCAGUAAAAACAACCCAGGUGUUCUGUUCGACGCUGUUGUUAAUCUCACACAGAAUACCCCUGCGAAUAGCCUGCCAUUUAAUGCUGCUGAUUUUCUGAAAUUUCUCACAAUACGAUUGACUCAGAGAUAAAAUUACUGGUCAAUACUCCUCUCAGAAUGACAGCUAUAUACACUCCAAUACUUUGAUCGAUGCAGACACUGAGACUCAGACCAUCUGGACCCUUUCGAAAUUUGAAAUAAUCUCACUUGAGGACUUUAGAAUUUGGUAACUGCUUCAAAACCUACAACCUGCAUAUUAUACCCUCCCUAUAUCUUCUAAUCUUUUCAAGGAACUGCUUCCUGGAUUGAUUAGUCACAUUCUUGAAAUUAUCAACAAGUCACUUUGCAUGGGCUCUGUGCCCUCCCCUUUUAAAACUGCCAUUAUUCAAUUGCUGCUGCAAAACCUAAAUUCUAAACAGUUAUAGAACUAUUUCCAAUCUUCCUUUCAUUUCGAAAUUACUUCACAAAAGCUUCCGCUGAUCGUCUUACUGCCUACUUACUCAACAACAACCAUUUUGUUCAAUUUCAGUCUCAUUCCAGUAAGACUGCCUCGGCCAGAGUAGUCACUCGGUGUGUUUACAUAGAUCCUUAUAUCCCACUAGUAAUCAAAAUAAUAGCCCGAUCUGAAUAAAAUAGCCUGGGUCGAUGUAACCACCUCAAACAAAAGACACUGGCCUAUUUUAGAUGAUCCUUAAUUAAACAGCUCACUUCUUGUGUUUGGUGGUAAAGUCACAUUUAUAUGGUGAAAAGAUACUUAUUGCGCAUUUAUCAUGGACCAAGCAAACAAAGCACAAAGAACACAUGUUUAAAGUUCAGAAAAGUUGGGUUUAUCCUAGUCCCCCCCAUGACGUCAGAGCUCUUGGUUUAGUCCAAGGGAUGGCCCUCUGCAUAAAGCCAGGCUCUGCCCUUAGCCCCAUCUGUUGCCAGACUCCAACCAGACUAUAAAGAGGAGAAGUCACUGCACCAUAUUGCCUCAUAUUACUGGGGUACAACACAUGCCCAGUAAAAUCCUGUGUUCACUUUCCUAAAUGCUCAAUAGCUGGUGCACUAUCAGAGAACAUGGGGAAGAUUGAUUCAUCUCACUAUGGUGUCCGCAGUCUGAAAUAUAUCAAAAAAGAUAUGGGUGAGAAUUAUAAUUCUGCAUUUGCUAAAAAGAGCUUUAAUUAAAGACCAAACACAGAUGCCUUCCAUAUGAAAACCUUCCACUGCAUAUCGGCCGCCAUCCAUUCAAGCAUAUCCAAUAAGUUCUGUCAGGCCAAGCGCACCCAAGGAGGCUAAAAAUAGUGCACCUAAAAGAGCACCUGAGCAGACACCAUCUAUUAAUUUCUAAUGCUGUCUGCUGUAACCCUCCAACACUGCAGCUCCAGGUACACUGUGCAUGUGUCAUACCCCAUAUCUCCCAUGGAGUUAGAGAGGUUGUCCCAGCCUCUUUUGAAUAGCCUUGACUCGAACCAGGAAGUGGAAACAGCUACAGGUACAGGUUCAAGACAAAGGAAUUUAUAAUUCACAAAAUGAAAAAACAAAAUGUAAACUAAAUGUGCACACUUUGUGUGUUGUCAAAGUGCUAAUAAAUACAUUUUUAAUUAAA